UCGGUCAGAAGGCUGUGGAGGGUCAGAGCGUGUCAGUAGUUUGGAUACAGCCAGGGACGUCGGACCAUGAGGGUGGGAGCUGCUGCCUUGGCCGGGGGGAUAUUCGGGGUGUUUGGAACGCUGUGCUUCUUCCUGGCCUUCGCUACGGACUACUGGCUGGUGGCCAGCGACGACUGUGGGCCCACGCCAACCACUCCAACUGUCAACGGGACUCUGAACCAGACGGAGGCUGCGGUCACCGCCGCGCCCACGGCGUUCCUCACCCUCCACCAUGAGGGCUUCUUCUGGCGCUGCGUGUUUCAGGUGGAGCCCAGUGCUGACGCCGUCCAGGCCACGCUCUUCACCAACCAGCCGCAGUCCAAGGUGUGUGUCCACGGUUACCUCUUCCCUCUGCCGGUCGCGGUGGGACAGGUGCCUCAUCCCAUCUAUGACGCCACAGCAGUGUUCCGAGGGUUCUGGACCCUGCUGAUCAUUCUGGGUCUGGCCUGCUCGCUGGCCGGAGCCUUCCUCCUGCUCUGUGGAGUCCCAUUCUUCAGCCAUAAACUGUACCGACUGGGCGGAGCCUUCCUCCUCGCCGCUGCGGCUCUCUUCCUGCUGGUGCUGCUGCUCUUCGUCCUGUGGAUGGAGACGGUGGACGUGAGGAGGUACGUCCUCCAGGAGAGGGGCGAGUCCUGCCCGGAGGCCACGGUGUCGGUGCUGUACGGCCUGUCCUUCAUGGUGGCGGCGGCCGGCGUUCCUCUGGAGCUCAUCGCCGGGCUGGUCUUCAUGCUGGUGGGCCGGGCGCUGCUCGCCAGCAAGUGA